AUUGUGAUAAUAAUUCUAUAAAUAUGGUGACAAAUAUAAGUAGUUGCAAGUCAGACAGUCCAAAUAGCCGACUCAAUUUCCAACACUCGGCGGCAUAGCAUUCCAGUUUCUUCUUACCCACCACUCCCUCUCUCUCUCUCUCUCUAGAGCGCAAUGGCCCUUCAGUUGUGGGAGACAUUGAAAGAAUCGAUCACCGCCUACACAGGGCUGUCUCCGGCUACUUUCUUCACGGUUCUCGCUCUAGGCCUCACGCUUUACUACGUUGUUUCGAGUUUGUUCGGUUCAUCCGAUGGCGGCCGCGUUCAUGAGAGGCCGAGAGGCUCCGAGGAAGAGAUGGAGCCUCUGCCGCCUCCGGUUCAGCUUGGUGAGAUCACCGCCGAGGACUUGAAACUCUACGACGGCUCUGAUUCGAAGAAGCCUCUACUCAUGGCCAUCAAGGGUCAGAUCUAUGAUGUCUCGCAGAGCAGGAUGUUCUAUGGACCUGGUGGACCGUAUGCUUUGUUUGCGGGAAAGGAUGCUAGCAGAGCUCUUGCAAAAAUGUCUUUUGAGGAUAAAGAUCUGAAUGGUGACCUCACUGGGCUGGGCGUGUUUGAGAUGGAAGCUCUGCAAGAUUGGGAAUACAAGUUCAUGAGCAAAUAUGUGAAGGUGGGAACCGUCAAGGCAACCGUGCCAGUAAGUGAUGGUGCCACCGAAGGUGAAGCAAGUGAUGCGGCUGAAGCAGCUGAGGGUCAUGUUGCUAAACCUGCUGAAGAUGGUCCAUCAGAGACUACUCCUAAAGAAGCUGAGGAAAGCGCAACUGCUGCCGCUGAUGUUGAUGUCGAGAAAAAGGAGUGAAAUAUCAAAUAUCAAUAUGUUAAUGCAAAUCGGGUUGGAUGAUACUUUACCCUUAUUUACAUCAUUUCUAUCUUAUGACAGCCCUUGUACAUCGCCACCUGCCUACUUUUUUUUGUUUAAUAAUGACUUGAAGCUUAUAGAGCUGGGUUUUAUUCGCGAA